AUGUCCACUGAAUUGAAGCACAUUUUUGAACAAUACAACCACAAGCACAACUCUGCUCCUUCACCCAAGAUUUCUGAUACCAUCUUGGAUAACAUUGGCCGUACUCCUCUCGUCCGUGUUAACAAAAUUGCGAAGGCUGAAGGUUUAAAGUGUGAGCUUUUGGCUAAAUGUGAAUACUUCAAUGCUGGUGGUUCCGUAAAGGACCGUAUCGCUGCUCGUAUGAUUGAUGAGGCUGAAAAGGCUGGUACUAUCACUCCUGGUGUCAGCACUAUCAUUGAGCCUACAUCUGGUAACACUGGUAUUGGUUUGGCUCUCGCUGCUGCUGUCAAGGGCUAUCGUGUCAUCAUCACUCUGCCUGAAAAGAUGUCUCAAGAGAAGGUUGAUGUGUUGAAGGCUCUGGGUGCCGAAAUCAUUCGUACCCCUACUGAAGCUGCUUGGGAUGCUCCCGAGUCUCACAUUGGUGUCGCUCGUAAACUGAGAGAUGAGAUCCCCAAUGCUGUUAUCUUGGAUCAAUAUGGCAACCCCUACAACCCUGUUGCUCACUACGAUACCACUGCUGAAGAAAUUUUGGAGCAAUGUGAUGGUAAGAUUGACAUGUUGGUUGCCGGUGCAGGCACUGGCGGUACCAUCUCUGGUAUUGCUCAAAAGCUCAAGGAAAAGUGCCCUAAUAUCAAGAUUGUUGGUGUUGAUCCCGUCGGUUCCAUCUUGGCUCAACCUGAAUCUCUCAACACUGAGGGAGGCUCUUAUCAAGUGGAAGGUAUUGGUUACGAUUUUAUUCCCGAUGUCUUGAAGCGUAACUUGAUUGAUGUUUGGAUGAAGUCUGAAGAUAAGCCUUCUUUCUUGAUGUCUCGUCGUUUGAUCCGUGAGGAAGGUAUCCUUUGCGGUGGUUCUUCUGGUACUGCCAUGCAUGCCGCUGUUCAAGCUGCCAAGGAGCUCAAGGAGGGCCAACGUUGUGUUGUCAUUUUGCCUGAUUCCGUUCGUAACUACAUGACCAAGUUCUUGAACGACGACUGGAUGAGAGAGCGUGGUUUCACUGAUGAAAAGUUUGAAAGUGAAAGCUUUGAGAACAAGGCCAAGAAGGAUUAUGCCGGUGCCACUGUCCGUGAUUUGAAGUUGGCUGCUGCUGUUACUAUUGAUGGCGAGACUACCUGUAAGGAAGCUAUUGAUCUUAUGGAAAAGAACGGUUUCGAUCAACUGCCCGUUACUGCUGGUCCUCAUCGCCGUCUUAGAGGUCUUGUCACUAUGGGUAACAUCCUCUCUCGUAUGGCUUCUGGUCGUGCCAAGGCUGAAACUCAUGUCUCUGAUGUUAUGUUCCAUUUCACCAAAGGCUCUGCCAAAUUUGAAGAAAUCACUGAAAAUACGCCUCUCGACAAGUUGACCCGUUUCUUUGAAACUAACUCUAGUGCUUUGGUCACUGAUGAACAAAAGGUUAAGCAUGUUGUCACAAAGGUUGAUUUGCUUUCUUAUUUGGUCAAGAACGUCAAGGCCUAG